AUGAAGAAGCAAUUCCAGGAUAACUCGGUGGGAAUUCUGUUCUUUGUGAUGGGCAAGAAGAGCCUGGGCGAAAUGGAAGAAGUGUGUGAUGUACUGGCCUACCUGAUUCUCACCAUCAAUCCAGAUGACAAUGGCAUAUUCAUGUGGUAUAUUUUGAAGAUUUGGAUCUGCACAUGUGAUUUUGACAUGCUAGACUGCUGCUUAUAA